AUGUCGUCCGGUGCUUUUGAUUCACCUAUCAGCGCACCCUUGGGGAAACUGUCCUCUGACGAGUCGGGUCCAUGGGUUCUCGUUUGUGGCUAUAUCCUCAUCGUUCUCAGUGUCAUUACCAUAGUCAUAAAAAUUUUGACGAGAUUCAAAGCAACAAAUCGCCUCACAGCGAACGACUACUUUAUUCUCACUGCAGCGACCAUUACCGUCACGAUCGCUGAACACUAUGGCCUUGGAAGAAAGCGUAACAAAGUAUCCGAUGCAGACUUCGGAUCAUUUCAGAAGUCGAUAUACGCAGCAGACAUCCUCCUGAUAGCCUCGAUGGCCGCGUCGCAAGCAUCACUUACAUUCCUGGUUAUUGCCAUCAAUCCCACCCGGAAGCUGCUUCUCUCGUGCUACUUUCUCCUGGGUUACCUAGCUGUGUGGAUGAUAGCGAGCAUAUUUGCAGUAUCAUUCAAAUGCAACCUACCCAGUCCAUGGAACAUUGAUGGCAACAAAUGUGUCGACCUAUUUGCGCUUAACGUCGGCAUAUACAGCCUUAGCAUCCUGGGCGACCUCGGCAUCGUGGCUGUACCGUUUAUUAUGAUGCAGAAGGUUCAGGUGUCUCGGACCAAGCGAUUCGUUGUCAGCGGUUUGUUCGCGUGCAGACUUGCGGUCCCGGCCUUUACGAUCGCGAUGCUCGUGUAUCGAAAACGCCAGUUCAACACCACCCGCGGCCGAAACGACCCGACGUGGUACGCGCUUGUACCUCAAGUGUUUGCUCAGGUCAUGAUGAAUGCGUCCAUCAUCGCGGCAUGUAUCCCCUCGCUGAAGCCGUUCCUCGCCGACAUCAAACCGGGGUUGAUUGUGGUCAACAUUCCUGAGCAUGAACUGACGGCGUCGUUUGUGCGACAUUCCAAGAGCAGGGGCAAUGGGAAACGCGCCGGCACCAGGACUGGUGGACUCUCAAGAUUCGCGAGCCGCUUUGGACUAACCAGCAAUGGGGGGAGUGUCUUGAACUCAAGCAGCGGUAGUUCUGGCAUGUUGGGAGAGAAACAAAAGGAGGCCGUGACGGCGAUGGAGAGAGGAUACAAUCGACCUCACGCCACCAAGGCCAGCAGCAAGGUUGAGAACGAUCGCAGCGACAGUGUCAAGGGGUUGACAGAUGAUAUCAUCCUACACACGGUUGACUACAAGGUGGAAUACGAGGAUCAUAGUGACGCAGAUGGCUUUAACGAUGCUCCACGUGGAAGCCCGAGACGUCUAUAG